AUGAUUCUAUAAGUAAAAAAAAACUUCGAGCCUCUUUUCUCAUCACCAAAUAAAAUUCAUAUUUUCCUUAAUAUUUAUAUUGGAGUCAUGAUGAUUUCAAGAAUUUCUAUUAUCGUCGUGUUAUCUUAUAUUAUCACUUCAACUAGUGCAUAUGAUCCUGAUGCUCUUCAAGAUCUCUGCGUUGCCGAUAAAUCUCACGGAACCAAACUGAAUGGAUUUCCAUGCAAGGAAACGUCAAACAUCACGGCGUCAGACUUCUUCUUCGCCGGAAUCUCAAAACCCGCCGUCAUAAACUCCACCUCCGGCUCCGCUGUGACGGGAGCCAAUGUGGAGAAGAUCCCAGGCCUCAACACUCUCUCGGUGUCCUUAGCGCGUAUAGACUAUGCGCCGGGCGGUUUAAACCCACCUCACACUCACCCACGAGCCACAGAAGUUGUCUACGUCCUCGAAGGAGAGCUCGAAGUUGGGUUUAUUACGACGGCGAAUAAGCUUUUCUCUAAAACCAUAAAGAUUGGUGAAGUUUUCGUUUUUCCAAGAGGGCUCGUGCAUUUUCAGAAGAAUAACGGGAAAUCUCCAGCGUCGGUUUUGUCGGCGUUUAAUAGUCAGUUGCCGGGGACGGUUUCCGUUGCGGCGGCGCUUUUUGCGACGGAGCCUGCGUUGCCGGAAGAUGUGUUGACUAAGACUUUUCAGGUGGGAACUAAGAUGGUUGAUAAGAUUAAGGAAAGGCUAGCCACUAAAAAAUAAUCUAAAACGACGAUAUUGUAAUUAACGGUUUCAUGAUGAGAAACCUAGAUUUGUUUUUACUGAUGUUAUUAUGGUAACUAAGACAAAAUAAUACUGCAGCGACUAUAUCUUAUCAUUGUGAGUUAUAUUGUUUUACAAAACUACAAUUCACUUAAAAUAAAUAAAUCCAAAUAUUUUAUUUUUA